AUGCGCUAUCCAGUUAUUAUAGAGAUCAGUGCGUUAGCCGGACUUGAGGAAAUUUCACAGAUUUUAAUACAAGUGAGGUUUCCAUUAAAAGAUGAAAAUAGAAGCAAGUUGUGGCUAGUUGCACUGAAACGAUAUAAGUUUAUUUCUAAAAAACAUCAUUAUGUCUGUAGUGAACAUUUUCUUACAGAAGAUUUUCUAGUACGCCCUGGAUAUGAAAUAAAGAAAUUGCGUCCCAAUGCCAUACCCUCUGUUUUCAAUUUUCCAAAGCAUUUACUUCAUGAAAAGAAAAAUCAUAAGUUACCAAAAAAAAGAAUUGUGCAAGAAAUAUUUCAGACCAGUACCACAAGUAAUGCUUGCUCAUUAGGUGACAAUAAUAUACAUGAAAGAGAACAUAAGAAACAGCUUAUUGAAUCACAAAACGAACAGCUUCUGAAAAAAAAAGUUAAGUGUUUACAACAAAAAUUGCGUCGCAAAUCAAGGAAGAUUAAUAAUUUAUCUCAGGUUAUUAAAUCUUUUAAAGACAAAAAAUGGAUUUGUAAAUACGCAGCAAAUUUUUUAAAUGAAAAUUUUUCAGGACUUACAGCUAAUAUGUUUACAAAUGGAAUUAAAAAUUUAAAAAGAGAUCCAACAGGCAAACGAUAUUCAGAAGAAGUUAAAAAGUUUGCUUUAACUAUUUAGUUUUAUUCAACUCGUGCUUACGAAUAUUUGCGUACAGUUUUUAAGUUGCCUGCACCAAGUUCAUUGUCCAAUUGGACAUCAUCUGUGAGUUUUGACCCUGUUUUUAAUAAUGCUGUGUUUGAUGAAUUGAAAGUGCUUGCUGAAAAUGAUAUAAUGUAUCGAGAUGCAGCAACUGAAGCGCUUGUAUUUUUUCUUGUUGGUUUGCAAAGUUAUUGGAAGUAUCCAGUUGGUUAUGUACUUAUUCAUAGGUUGACAGGGCAUAAUUUAAAAGCAUUGGUUCAGACUUGCUUGCAAAAGUGUGAAUCAAGUAACAUUAGAGUUCACACUUUGACGUGUGAUGGAAGUCCAGUGAAUACCCGGUGGGAAGCGAGCUAGCGAUUAGCUAGCGACUAGCUAGCUUUAUAGCGAUUUUCGAGCGAUUUUUUUUUUCUUAUUUAAUUCUUUCCCUAAGUCUUUAACAUCAUUAAAAAUUUGAUUUUUAGUGUUGGAUCUAUUAUAAUUAUGAAAAUAAUUGAAUUUUAAACAUUGCGAUAUUGUAACGAUACAUCGCUAGCUAUAUAUCGCAGUUUUUUAGUCAGCGAUUUUAAUACGAUAUGACGCUAGCUACAUAUCGCAUUUGUUUAGCUGGCAACUAGAUAGCGAUAUAUCUAUAGCUAUUCGAUAACUACAUAUCGCAGCUUCUUAGCUAUCAAUUUUAUUACAAUUUAUCGCUAGUUACAUAUCGCAGCUUUGUAGCUAGCUACAAGGUAGCCAAAAAUCGAUAGCUAGUUGAUAGCUACAUAACGCAGUUUUAUAGACAGCGAUUUUAUUACAAAAUGACGCUAGCUACAUAUCGCAUUUGUUUAGCUGGCAACUAGAUAGCGAUGUAUCUAUAGCUAUUCGAUAGCUACAUAUCACAGCUUCUUAGCUAACGAUUUAAUUACGAUUAAUCGCUAGUUACGUAUCGUAGCUUUGUAGCUAGUUACAAAAUAGCCACAAAUUGAUAGCUAGUUGAUAGCUACAUAUCGCAGUUUUUAGAUAGCGAUUUUAUUACGAUUUAUCACUAGUUACAUAUUGUAGCUUUGUAGCUAGCUACAAGUUAGCCACAAAUCGAUAGCUACUUGCUAGCUAUAUAAUGCAGUUUUAUUGACAACGAUUUUGUUACGAUUUAUCGAUAGUUUCAUAUUUGUAAGCCUUUUUAGCUAGCUACAAGGUCGCCAUAAAUAAUGCUAAUAAUAAUUGAACUUUAAAAGUAAAGAUUUUAUUAUGAUAUGUCGACAGCUACACAUCGCAGCUUUUUAGCAAUCGAUUUAAAUGCAAAAUGUCGAUAGCUGCAUAUAGUUGUGAUUUAGCUAGCUAGAAGAUAACGAAAAUUCUUUAGCUACAAAUUAGGGCUUAUAAGCUAUCUAUAUUUUAGCACGAAAUGUCGAUAGUUUUUUAAACAGUUGUAGUUUAUGCGCACUGUUACAGACGUAUGGAAAUAAAAUUUUGGUCAGAUGGUAGAUGAGCGUAGUAAGUUUUAACUAUAAAUAAUAAUAUUUUAUUUAGUAAAGAUUAACUACGAAUAAUAAUAUUGUAUUUUGUAAAUUAAAAACAUCGAUGGUGUUUUUAAUUUACUA